AUGGCUGCUGCUAUGUAUUUUCAAAUGAUCUUGCUAGUUUUAAUUUCUUCGUUUCUAAUACCAACUCCAUCAGCUUCUCAAUCAACUCCUCAAAACAUCCAAGUUUACUUUCCGUUACCAAUUACUCCACCACCAACCACCGCGGUGAUAACUACCUCUUCAACAUCAUCAUCGGGCAGGAAAACCAUUGCCAAAGCAGUUGCUGUCACUGCUGCAACUAGUCUGGUUUUUUCAGGGCUAUUGUUCUUAUUAUUUUUCAAGUUUAAACGCCGUUCUAAGGUACAGGCUACAAACGUAUAUGCUGAUACUGGCAGUCAGGUGGGUCUACAUAAAGAUGACGAAUUUGUGAGAGCUGGAGGUAUCAAAGGGGAGAUUGUUGAUGAACAAGGACUUGAUGUGUUAUAUUGGAGAAGUCUUGAAGAAAAUAAUGCAGGUAUUCCUUUACAACAAAUCUUGAAAAACAAGGAUAAUGGAAGCAGAAGCAGCAAGUCACAGUUUGAGUUCGACUCUCCUCCUCCUGCACACAAAAUUCCUUUACUCCUCACAGGAAUAUCUUCUACUUCUCAUACUUGUCCUGUCGAUUAUAAAAUCAAAACUCAAACUCUUUCUGACUCUCUUCUGGUUGUUACUCCUCUCGAGUCUUUGAAAACUCAGCCAUCAAUGAAGUCUCAUGCACCACCACUACCGCCUCUACAACCAUCUAAUGCAGCAAUUUUGGUACCACCACCCCCUCCUCCACAGAUGGUUGUGGUAGAAAUAAAGAGCAACGCUUCUCCUCCACCUGUACCUAUAGUUGUAGAAAUGAAGGGUAAUGCUCCACCACCACCACCUCCGCCGACAGUUGUGGUAAAAAGGAUGGGUAAAGCUCCACCACCACCGCUGCCACCCAAAACAGAUGGGUUGACAUCACCAUCACGACAAACACCACAAUUGACUGCAAAAGGUGAUGUGUCUUCAUCCAAUGACAAACAGGUCAGAUUCAAACCCCUGCAUUGGGAGAAAGUCAACGCCAAUGUGGAACAUUUCAUGGUGUGGCACAAACUAAGCAAUGGUUCUUUCAGGGUUAAUGAUAAUCUAAUGGAAAGCCUUUUCGGAACCAUGCCAAUUGACAAGAAAACACCACUACAUGGAGCCAGCAGCUCACCCAGCCCAAAAGCACAAAUGAAAUCAGGCCUGUCUCAACUUUUCUUACUUGACACAAGAAAAUCUCAAAACAUAGCAAUAGUGGUUAAAUCAUUAGCCAUUUCUAGAAGCAAAAUCAUCCAUAGUCUCCUACAAGGAAAGGGUCUAGACACAGACACACUUGAAAAACUCACUCGAAUAUCCCCCUCUGAAGAAGACAUAAAACUUAUUCUGCAGUUUGAAGGAGAUAUCAGAAACUUGGCGGAUGCUGAAUCUUUCAUCUAUCAUGUCACCAAAGCCGUUCCCGCAGCUUUUACUCGAGUCCGUAUCAUGCUAUUCAAGUCAAACUUUAGAUCAGAAGUAUCAGACGUGAAGAAAUCAUUAGAAACACUAGAAAUGGCUUGCAAAGAGCUCAAGACUCAAGGGCUUUUUGUGAAGCUUCUAGAAGCGGUUUUGAAAGCAGGAAAUCGGAUGAAUGUGGGAACGUCAAGAGGGAAUGCUCAGGCAUUUAAUCUCCAUUCUCUGCUAAAGCUAUCAGAUGUGAAAAGCAGCGAUGGAAAGACAACUUUGCUUCACUUUGUUGUGGAAGAAGUAGUCCGUUCAGAGGGAAAACGCUGCAAUAUCAAACGAAAUCAUAGCUCAAGUAGAAGUGUUGGUGGCUUAAGUACAGGUGCAUUUACAGAAAAUUAUUACAUAAAGCUAGGGUUGCCUGUAGUUGGAGGUGUGAGUUCGGAAUUUUCUAAUGUGAAGAAAGCUGCUGCAAUCGACUAUGAUGCGCUUUCCAAAUCAUGCUCAGGGUUAAGCGAUCAUUUGUCAGAAAUCACAGAAACUGUUAAAGAAUGUGAUAGAGACGGAAAUGGAGGAUGUCUCGUGAGUGAGAUGUUAACAUUUCUCAAAGUAGCAAAACGAGAAAUUCAAAUGUUGAGAGAAGAAGAGGAACGCAUCAUGGGGCUCGUGAAGAUAACAAAUGAAUAUUAUCAAGCAGGGACUUCUAAGGGUAUAGGAGGGAAACCGUUCCAGUUGUUUGUGAUAAUAAGAGGUUUUCUUAAUAUGGUUGACAAGGCAUGUCUUGAUAUUGCUAUAAAACUGCAGAAGAGAAGAACUGGUGGUAGAUCACCAGAGGCGGCGAUUCAGAUGUCAACGUCACCCGCCAGGCCACCUAUGAAGUUCCCGAUAUUGCCUGCAAAUUUUAGAAGCACUACUAGUAGUAGUAGUUCAAGUGAUUCGGAUUAA